GCGCAACAACACCCAUGUUCCGCAGCAGGUUGAGUGACGGCGACAAGGCGCUCCUUCGCUUUGCAUGCUGCACGUACAACCUCAAGAGGAUGGCACGUGGGGAUGGACAGGUUGCUUCAUCGUCUCUUGAUGGGACCAUGCUGCCAACGACAACGACUGUGAGUGAGAAAGAACCAUCACCACCACCGUCAACAUUCCCGCCAUGCCACGCCUCGCAAGCUGUGGACCGGCUGGUACCUCGUUUCCACGGUCAUGUCAAGGCAACCUCUUCCUCGCGAGAUGCAGUCACGUGUAUUCCUCCAACGACAAUCACAGAUACCUUGCUAGACCUUGCUGCGGAGUUUCUCUACUCGGACAGGUCCUCCUCGACAGCAUUCAAUACAGCGAGGGUGUUGCGAAUGGCAUUUCAACAAACUGACCAGGGCUUCUUACGUCCCACCCCAGCUUGUGAGAAGAUUGUCCUUUUCUGGUGCGAUUUUCUGCUCAUGGGGCUACGCGGCGACUACGCGUCGUCCAUGAACUGGACGCAUGAGUGGCCGAUUGUCGUGGAGGUUGUGGAUGCUCUCGUUUUGAACUACGCGAUAUCCCAAGGGCAACAUCCAUCGACGCAGCGUCAAGUUUCCCAUAUCCUGAACAGCAUCUCGGAAGCGUGCAUGACAAACCGCACCAUCGGUCUGACGGUGCUCGAAUGGGCUAUGGAACUCGUCGGACAGUUGGCACUAAAGUGACGAUGAAUCCAGUGGCUCUGACUACGGAUCCUAACUGCUUCGUCAUGGCAUUGAACAAGUGAGCAAGCCAUCAAAGCUGGCUCGUUUUGGCGGUAAGAUGAUAUUAACAAGUCCGCAAA